AUGUCAUCUCUUGAUAAACAUUUGUUCAACUUAAAAUUUGCUGCUAAGGAACUACAAAGGAAUGCCAAGAAAUGUGACAAACAAGAAAAGGAGGAAAAAGCAAAACUGACAGCUGCAAUUAAGAAAGGGAAUAUGGAAGUCGCACAAGUCCAUGCUGAAAAUGCUAUUCGAAAAAAGAAUGAGUCUCUUAAUUAUAUGAGGAUGUCUGCCAGGAUCGAUGCUGUCGCUGCACGGGUACAGACUGCCGCGACUCAAAAACGGGUCACUCAAAGCAUGUCCGGUGUUGUCUCAGCAAUGGAAUCAGCUAUGCGUUCUAUGAAUCUGGAAAAAGUGCAGAAUUUGAUGGACCGAUUUGAAAAAGAUUUUGAGAAUUUGGAUGUACAAUCUGCAACCAUGGAAGGCUCCAUGAAUGCUACCACGACGCUUAAUGCUCCUCAAGCCCAAGUGAAUGCCCUUAUCCAGGAAGCUGCUGAUAAGGCAGGCCUCGAUUUGAAUAUGGAAUUGCCCGCGCAAGCCACUACUACGAUAGGCGGACGUGUUGCAUCAUCAUCGGCAGAGAACGACGAGUUGACUCAACGACUUGCUGCAUUGAGGCAGAAUUAA